CCUUCAGCACUCGAGAGAGAGACUCCCGAGAGUGCCUUCAGUUUUUCAUCGACUCCACUCAAUGUGGCACAUUUCUCGCGCUAAUCCUCACAUAUUUGGACUGAUUUCCAUCUCAAUUUUCACGCCAGCAAACAAACAAUUUGCCAUCACUUUGUCCAUCUCAUCGCCAAACAUAGCAAAUCAGUGAUCAUUUGGCGUGUGAUCGAGUGGACGAGAGCGGGAUUCUCGUGGCCAGUGACUGUGAAGGAGACGCAAAAGCACAUAUUUUGGAUGUAGACCAGAGGCUGUUUAGCAAAUAUUGUGCAAAUUUCCAUCCCGUGGCAGGCUGUUUAUGUUAUGAGUCCGUAAAUAUAGCCAGUGAUUGGUGUGAGCUCGUGAAUCCCACAAAUUGCUCCUCAUUAGCCAGUGUUGGGUCGCAGUGCAGCUGAGAAAACUCUCAAGGCUCAAUUGCGAGAGUUCAGGCAUAAAUCACAGUCCUGGCAAGCGCGCGGCCCUCCUGCACAGGCAAAUUCCGCGGUGAAUUAUUUUGAUGAUCCAUUAACCCAAUUUCUGGUUAUUUACCUCGAUAUAAUGUUCGAAUCGAUCGGCGGUGUUGUGUUUUAAAAAGAACGCGCCGAGCACGAGUGAAGAGGGAGCGGAAAAGGGUCAGAUGAUGUGAGAAGUGCACUUGGUCAGAAUGAGCUACAAGAGCAACUACAAUCCCGAGGAGAAGAUCAUCCUGGCCAGAGACGAUGCCAAGGAUCGCCUGUACGAGCCGAAGCCCAACAAGAAGGCCAUCCGAAUACUAACGGUGGCCGCGUAUGUCCUGUGCGUCUCCUUGGCGGCUAUUAUGCUCUCCCUGUACUACAUAUUCCUCUGGGAUCCCACCGUGAAGCCGUCGAUGCACGCCAAAGUGCCCAACUGCGAUAAAACCAUCAUCCCCGAGAAUGUGGCCAUAAAACUAGCAAAUUCAUCGGAAAUCUCACCAGAGCAGUUCUUCAAGAUCUUCCUCAAGCGCUACCAAGCGUACCAGGACGCAAUCUCCCGCCCAGAUGGUGUGUAUGAGCUGAGGCAGCUGCCGGAGGAGCCCAUCGUGAGGGCCACGAAGAGCGCGCAGGACUUCAGGAGUGCGCUGAGAAACGACACGGAGAGCGAUGACUCGGAAGGGGAUGAUGACGUGGAGUCCAGUGGUCAGAAUGAGUUGUCGUACUCCCACAUUUCCAAUGACACAGUGCUCCUCUUCGAUCAGGACAAUGUCAUCACGAACACUUACUAGCCACACAUUCAGAAGAUCUUUUUGCAGUAGCAGGAAUUUGUAGAAACAUAAGUGAGAAAUGACCUCCACUCUGCAGAUGGAAUUACGCAAAUUACUUGUAUGUUUUCAAAACAGUGUUCCGGAAGAGUUAUUUGGGAGUUAUAAACACUGAAAUGCCAGAAGGAAAUCUGCAAUCACUCAACUUAUUACGUGUGAAUUUGAACUACAACUAAAAAGCAGCAUUUUAUAGGAAAGGACAAUGAUUUCUGUCUAGAUUUUCAGUGUUUACAACCCCUUGGGAGGAUGCUAAAACACCCCUGACUUUAAGAAUACCCUUGACCAAUGUGUAGCAUCUCCAGAGUAGUGUUGGGGGCGCCUUUAGGACGUGCUAGUUAUAAGUUAUAUGC